UUUCGGAAACAAGAUGGAGUUGGGCGACACGACUGCCGCACCAGCGACGUCCGCAAGUUCAUCGGCGACAGAUCGACAGUUGGCGCAGUUGCCGAUUCAGUGGGAAGGGUACUUGAGGAAACGAGGAGACUGGCUGCCUCGAUGGGACUAUUAUCUUGUCGUGUUGGACGGGCUUCGGUUGAGUUACUUCGACCAACUCGAGGGAAGUACUCCAGCGAGGCCGCACACGCCAUCGUUUCUCGUCGCGAACCACACGACGUCGUCCCAUUCAGCGUCUUUACCCGCAAAAGUUCGAGGCAGCAGUGGUGGUGUCAAGCCUCGAGGGGUCUACACCAUCCAUAGCUUCCAUCAAGACACGGAACAAACCAAGGCAUUAAAAUUUAGCCUCACCAUGGUCGAGAAGCAGCGCGUGAUGCAUUUCCAAGUCGACUCAAACCUCGAAAUGGUGCUGUGGAAGCAGAUGAUCAAAGCUGCGCUGGACCAGGACGCGUUGCGUCGAGACACGAAGGAAGCCUCUGCGUCCGAUCCACGUUCGACACUGAAGCCGUACGAGGCCGACUUAGCCGUGCUGUACGACUCUUACGGCGACGUGUGCCGCCAAGUGGGCAACUUUUCACUGCUCCUGCCUAGCCUCCACCCCAACAUUAUCAUUACGUCCAACUACCCACCGUGUGUUCCAAUGUCGGGAACGUUCCACGGCUUGGGGUGGCACAUUGGAUUCCUCAAGUACAUGACAACGCUGCAUGAGGCAGUCGACAUCAGCCAUUUCCGCGUGACGUCCGUGGCGCGGGAAGGCGAUCUUGCCGUCGUCUGUGGCAAGGAAACAAUGGUCAACAAGGCCAACAAGCGACGAUUCCGACAAGUGUGGCGCCAUGAACUUCGCUUCGAGGUCGACGGUCGAAUCAGUCACAUCAACAUCAUGGGCGAUCCGAUCUCGUCAUCGGUAGCGUUCUCGAGCGCGGCGAACGGGCCAGCGCUUCUGGCCAUGAAGGACAAGGCGACCGUGGACCCGACGAGUGUCUCGUCACCGCCGGGGGAGCUUCGAGUCGUGUGCGUGUCGGCGGAAGGGCUCAAGGCGAAGAAGACAGCUGCACCAACUGUCAGACUUGCUCUCGCGGGGUAUCCCCACUUGAUUGUCAAAGGCCCUGCCGCCGCCUCGGCCACCGACAAGUUGCCCGUCGCUUUCCAACCGACGGUGUACAUGACGCACACCCCUGCCAAAGUCGUCCAGUCCAAAGAUUCCAGCGCACCAGUCGUGUAUUGGGCCGACACCAUUGACCUCAACUUCUCCGGCGCUGUUCCUGGCACGGCGUCGUACUUGUUUGUAGAAGUGUGGGUGGAUGGAUUCAUGGGCGACGAACUCAUCGGUGUAGCUCGAAUCAACUUAGCCCCCGUGCUGGCCUUGGCCCACGACGCCACAUCUGAAGAGGAGUUGGCUCUCGGUCAAAUUCCGCAGUGGUAUGACUUGGUCAAGGUAGACGCGUUUUCCACCGACGCGCCAUCCAAGGCUCGUCCCUCGACAACUGCGGCCUCUUCCGUCGGCCGCAUCCAGCUUAGCCUGGCCUUCUUUCCUCGCGAAAUCAAGGGAUGUUCGACUGGCCCCGUUGUCGCUGUGUCGCCUCGGCGCGGUCCGCGCAAGAGCAUGGACCGGCUCGCGCAGCUCCACGCGGCUACAGCUUCGUCCAACACGUCGUUCUCUUCGAGCAACUUGAUCGAACGACGCUCAUCCGACGCCGAUUUUGACUUGACCGCCAUGCACAACUUUACCGUGUCAGGUACCAAGUUUCGUGUGUACUCGCGGUACCAGCUCAUCCGCGCGAUCGGCCACGGCGCGUACGGCGUCGUGAUUGCUGCGAGCGACCAAGUGACGGGGAAUGCGGUCGCGAUCAAGAACAUUCCGAAAACAUUUGACGACCUCGUUGACGCCAAGCGCAUCGUGCGCGAGAUUCGCCUCAUGCGACACCUCGUCCACCCGCAUAUUGUCCACGUACUGGACGUGAUGCGGCCGCCGUCGCUCGCCAAGUUUGAAGAUACAUACAUCGUCACCGACCUAAUGGAAACGGACCUCCAUCGCGUCGUCCAGAGCCCAGAACACCUCGACCAUGACCACAUCGCAUACAUUACGUAUCAACUCCUCGCCGCCGUCCGGUACAUGCACUCGGCUCACGUCCUCCACCGCGACAUCAAGCCGUCUAACAUCCUGGUGAAUCGGGAUUGCCUCGUCAAAGUGUGCGACUUUGGCCUGGCCCGAGGAAUUGCGUACGGAGCGACGCCGAGCAACACCCCAACACCGAACGGCAUGACCACCGCAUCCCACGACCUCGACGCAGAGAUCACUCCUUCGGAAGAAGCCCUGACCGAGUACGUUGUCACGCGAUGGUAUCGCGCGCCAGAGCUUCUCCUCAGUUCCAAGUACUCGUAUCCUGUGGAUGUAUGGAGCGUUGGGUGCAUCGUGGCUGAAUUGUUCAACCGCACGGCGUUGUUUCCAGGCCAUGACCACGUCCACCAGCUGCAGCUCGUCAUGUCGAUCCUUGGGUCCCCCUCCGUGGCGGAUCUUGGCUUUAUCACCAACGAAAAAGCUAAACGGUGGCUUUCCAAGCAGACUACCCAGGUGCCGCGGCCGUGGACGUCCGUCGUGCCGUCAGCGCCCCCCGACGCACUCGACUUGCUGCAGAAACUGCUUGUGUUUGACCCGCGCCAGCGCCUGAGUGUCGACGACGCGCUACGCCACCCAUUCGUGGCACCAUAUCGCGACGACGCGGCCGAAGUCGUGGCGGCCACUCCGUUUGACUUUUCCUUUGAGCACCUCGACCCGCUCGACAAACCCGCCCUCCAGCGACUGAUCUUUCAAGACGUGUGCCAUUUUCACCCGGAAGCCCUGGACGAGUUGCACCAACCGGCACAGCUGCAGGGUACGGGAAUCUAGAUCAGUCGCAUCGAAUGAUGCGGUCGACCAUCCGAGGAGUGAACACGUCAUGGGGGUGUAAUUGUGUGGCUGGCACAAGUGCAAACUCUUCCUUGAUGAUGAUGUCGUCAGCGUUGGCAUGGAGAUAUCCCCGCAAAACCAGUGGACGUCCGUGUGACGACGGGAAACCCUUCGAGGCAGUCCAUGGACUUGGCGACGGGUAAACGCCGCAUGACACUCCGUGGCAUGGGUAAAUUGGCCCAGAGGUAGGGGUCGCGCGAUCCAAGACGUUCGGUGCUUCCUCCAAACCAUGGUUGCAUGAGACAAUGUACAGGACGAAUGGAUGGAUGGCUGCGUUAUGCAGACAUGGCCCGACUGUGUAGAGCCACAGCGAUGAGACUGACCAAGAUAAGUAUGAUUCUGUGGUACAAUCCGGCAAGUGAAGGCUUGGCGGACCCGACAGCAUCGCGAUCGCCGCUCAUGAUGGUUUGAAGGUCCAAGAACAUGCUGUACGUGACGCCCCACAGCACAUAUUCGUGCGCUUCACGGUCGUGGGACAUUGGAAAUUCGGCGGAAGGACUCGGGAGGUAGAGGCAUGGAAAUGUGAUUGUCCCGAGGGGAAUAGUCGCCAGCGUCGCCUAGCCACCAAAACACGAUAAACUCGACGGGACGAUGAGGACCACGUACGCGAAAAAUGCGCGGGACGAAUCGCCCGAGAUAAGUCCCAACGGAGUAGCGCAGUUCACGACGAGGUGUGGAAACGAGGAUCGAGUAUGGCACCCAGAGUACAUCGCUGACUUCGUUAGGUUGAAGAGCCAUCGUCGUUGGCUUGGCCAGCAGGAAAAACACUGGAACCAGCCAUAUAUGAAUGAAUCCAUCA